GGAGGGGCCGCAGGGCGCCGGGGCGCCUGCGGCGGCGGGCGCGCCGCUCGCGCGGGCGCGGGCGGCGUCGGAGCUCGCGGCGGAGAUCGUGGACGCCCUCGCGGUGGAGGCGGGCGACGCCGAGUGGCGGAGGAGCCAGGUGGAGGCCGCAGCUCAGGCGGGGGAGUCGAGCGCCGAAAUCGAGGCGGUGGUGAAGACCAUCCAGGCCCGCGCCGACGAGGCGCAGGCGGCGAUCGCCGCUGCUCGCAGCAGCAUCGACGAGCAGAUCGGGCUCGCCAGGAAGCUCCCGGAGGAGAAGCAGAAGGCGGUGUUGCUCGAGAUAGCGCCCAUGCGCAAGCGGGUCGUCGAGGCGCAAAGGAAGUUAAAUCCAUACAAGCGUGCCCGUGCAGAGUAUGACCAGGGGGUGAAAGCCAGAGCGGAUCUGGAGGCGUUGCGCGGCAAGGUGGCAUCUGUCGAGGCCGACGUGGAGGGCGUCGCGGCCGCGCUCACAUCUCAAGCCGCCUUCGAGGACGAGGCGGCCGCCGUGGAGGCGUCGGUGCAGCCCACGGUAGCCAGGGCAGCGAAGCUGCUCCAGUUCCUCGAGCGCCGUGCGGAGGCGGCGGCUGACACGGCGCACCGGCAGGGCCUCUCCGCGCUGCGGCAGCGCGCGGCGGCCGCGUGCGGGAGGCUGGCGGAGCUCCGCUCGCAAGCCCGCGAGCAGCGCCAGCGGGCUCUGGGCCAGCUGCUGGUCCGGCGGGCGGAGGCGGAGGCCAAGAAGGCGGAGGCGUGGCAGGAGAAGAUCGCGGAGGCGCAGAAGCCUUGGGCGGGCGGGCGCGAGGUCGUGCCGGCAGAGGAGGCCACACCGUGCCUGGAGUCGUGCACCGCGCUGGCGCGCCAGGCGGAGCCCGCCGCGCUCGCGGCGAAGACGGCGGCGCUGGAGGCACUGGUGGAGGCGCGGCAGCUCGCCGACGGCGCCUCGCGCCUGCAGGUGGUGGCCGAGCUGCAGGGGAUCCAGGCGCGCGCCGAGGCCAUGGCGCUGAAGAUCACCCAGCUGAAGGUGGACACCUUCGCCCGCACCGUGCGGCUGCAGAUGGCGGACUUCCUCGAGGGGGUGGUGCGCGCGGAGCGGGAGGUGGCGGCCGUGGUCGAGGCGUCGGGGGCGCUCUGCAGGGACGACCUCGAGACCGUCGCCCCCGAGGCGCUGCGCGCAGCGGGGGCUGCCGCGCUCGCCGCCGAGGCGCCCGCCAAGGCGGCAUGCGCGGCAGCGCGGCAGGCACUGGAGGCGUGCCAGAAGAACCCGAGGAACCGCGAGUCGCCCGCCUUCCAGUCGCAGCUGGGCCACCUGCGAGCCCGGCUGGAGGGGGCCGAGCGCGAGCUGCGAGGCCUCGCGGCCGCCGCGCGCGAGGCCGAGGCCAGCCAGCGCCGGCUGCUCGACCACCGGGCCAGCCUCGACCGCCUCGAGGCCGCGGUGGCGGAGGCCGAGCUGCAGGCACUGCCGCUGGGCGACGAGAGCGAGGCGGAGCAGGGCGGGGAGGCCGGGCGGGCGGGCGCGGUGGUGGCCGCCGCGCGGGCGCUGGCCUCCUGGUGGCGCACCUGCGACGAGCUCGCCGAGAGCCCCCACGGCGCCCUGCAGCUGGCGGCCGGCAGGCUGCGGCAGAGGGGCCGGGAGGUGCAGGCGCGGCUGGACGGCGCCAAGGAGCUGGUGCGGGGCGAGCUGGAGCGCGCCGAGGCGCAGCUGCUGCGGGAGGAGGGCCGCGAGAGGCUGGAGGCCGCGGAGGGGGCGCUGGCCCGCGCCGAGGAGGCGGAGGGCCCCUUCCUCAUCGGCCUGGAGCUCGACCCCGGCGGCGCGGCGGAGGCCCUCGCCGCCUGCGAGGUGGCGGCGGUGGCGGCGCGGCGCGCCCUCUCUGCGGCGACGUCCUUUGUGGAGGCGAGGCAGAAGGAGGUCUCGGCGUACGCGCGCCAGCACGGCGCAGAGGAGGAGCUGGCCGCGUUGCGCCGACGGUGCGAGGUCGUGGGGGAGCGGCUGGCCCAGCUCGAGGGCGACACCGCGGCGCGCCGGCGGGGCGCCCUCUGACGCGCCCUGGGCAGCGCAGGGUCACCGCCGCCGCCGCGGCCAGGGCCGCUAUGAGCUUAGACGGUGGGGGGGAGACGGAGG